AUGUCAAGUCACACAGGUAGCCAUGGGUCCCAUCAUCACCAUCAUCACCAUGGUUCGCACGGACAGGAGCAACGUAUUGGCAAAUAUCAAAUAAUCAAGACACUUGGGGAAGGCUCUUUUGGGAAAGUGAAGCUGGCGUACCACGUCACUACAGGCCAGAAAGUGGCUUUGAAGAUCAUCAACAAGAAGGUUUUGGCCAAGAGUGACAUGCAAGGUCGCAUCGAGCGAGAAAUCUCGUAUCUCCGGCUGCUCAGACAUCCACAUAUCAUCAAGCUUUACGAUGUAAUCAAGUCAAAAGACGAAAUUGUGAUGGUUAUCGAAUACGCUGGUAAUGAACUGUUUGACUACAUUGUGCAACGCGAUAAGAUGAGUGAGAAUGAAGCACGUCGGUUCUUCCAACAGAUUAUCAGUGCUGUGGAAUACUGUCAUCGUCACAAGAUCGUACACCGGGAUCUGAAGCCCGAGAACUUGCUUCUAGACGAGCAUCUCAACGUCAAGAUCGCAGAUUUUGGGUUGUCCAAUAUUAUGACAGAUGGUAAUUUCCUAAGAACGUCGUGUGGGUCGCCCAAUUACGCGGCUCCUGAAGUUAUCAGCGGGAAACUAUACGCAGGGCCCGAAGUCGACGUAUGGUCGUCUGGGGUUAUUCUGUACGUGAUGUUGUGUCGUCGUCUGCCGUUCGACGACGAGAGCAUCCCAGUGUUGUUCAAAAACAUUAGCAACGGUAUCUACACUUUGCCCAAGUUUUUGUCGCCAGGUGCCUCUAAUUUGAUCAAACGGAUGCUGAUCGUCAACCCACUCAACAGAAUUACAAUUCACGAGAUAAUGCAGGACGAAUGGUUCCGGGUUGAAAUGUCCGAGUAUUUACUGCCCGCUGACUUACGAUCAGAAGGUGACGCACAUAACGAAGGCGAUCAUCACGGUCAAGGCGACGAAGAAGAAGUGGAAGAAGUGGAUGAUUCAUUAGUGACCAUGCUAACAAAAACGAUGGGAUACGAUCGAGACGAAAUUUACGAAGCAUUAGAGUCAGAAGAGGAUAAUCCGGCACUCAAAGAAAUUAGAGACGCUUACUCCUUGAUAAAGGAAAACAAGUCCCUGAUCGAUGAUUUGAAGAACAACAGAGACCAAAGCAACGAACUUGACACGUUCUUGUCUCAGUCACCCCCAACUUACGACCAAAAACCACAGCGGUCACCCGCGGGCCCCAAUCCGUCGCAUGGCUCACGAAACCACCGCCAUGUGAAGAGAAGCCAACAGCGCACGUAUCAGUCGCCGUUUGUGGAUCAAGAGAAGGACGAGGACAGCACAAUAGCCAUUUUGCCCAGCUCGCUGCCUCAAAUGCACCGCGCUAACAUGUUGGCGGAAGGUUCUCCUGCUGCUACCAAGAUUUCUCCGCUAAGCACAAAAAAGUCGAAAACCAGGUGGCAUUUCGGGAUCAGGUCUCGUUCUUAUCCGCUGGACGUGAUGGGCGAAAUCUAUAUCGCAUUGAAAAAUCUGGGAGCGCAAUGGGCCAAGCCUUCUGAGGAUGACUUGUGGACCAUUCGAGUGAGAUGGAAAUACGACACCAAACAGCCUGUUAAUGAGAAGAUACCGGAUCUGAUGAAAAUGGUGAUCCAGCUCUUCCAAAUCGAAGCCAACAACUAUUUGGUAGAUUUCAAAUUUGAUGGUUGGGAGAACAGUUAUGGUGAAUCCACCCCGGCUGCUAACGAAGAUGAAAUGAGCACAUUUUCUGCAUAUCCAUUUUUGCAUCUCACCACCAAACUCAUCAUGGAAUUGGCCGUCAACAGUCAAGGUGGCUAG